AUGGCAGACACAGCCAGGAGAAAUCAAACAGCCAUCAUGGAAUUCAUCCUCCUGGGAUUUGGGGAUCUCCCUGACCUACAAAUUCUUCUCUUCCUGAUGUUCCUAGUGAUCUACAUCACAACCAUGGCCGGGAACAUCCUCAUCAUUGCACUAGUUGUGACUGAUCAGCACCUUCACACCCCCAUGUACUUCUUCCUUGGGAACUUGUCGUGCUUGGAGACCUGCUACACCUCCACCACUCUGCCCCGGAUGCUGGCCAGUCUGCUGACUGGGGACAAAACCAUCUCAUUCAGUGGCUGCAUCACACAACUGUAUUUCUUUGCUUCUCUGGGAUGUACAGAAUGCUAUCUCCUAGCAGCAAUGUCUUAUGAUCGGUAUUUAGCGAUAUGUAAACCCCUGCACUAUUCAACUCUUAUGAAUACCAGGUUUUGCCUCCAGUUGGCUGCUGGGUCAUGGUUAAAUGGUUCUUUGGUUACUGCCAUCUUUAUAUUAUUCAUGUCACCAUUAAUAUUCUGUGGCCCGAAUGAAAUUGACCAUUUCUAUUGUGACUCCAUCCCAUUGAUAAAACUCUCCUGCAGUGACACACACCUGAGAGACUGCAGAAAUCAAACAGAUGUCAUGGAAUUCAUCCUCUUAGGAUUCGGGGAUCUCCCUGAACUGAAAAUUCUUCUCUUCCUGAUGUUCCUAGUGAUCUACAUCGCAACCGUGACUGGGAACAUUCUCAUCACUGCACUAGUCGUGACUGAUCAGCACCUUCACACCCCCAUGUACUUCUUCCUAGGGAACUUGUCCUGCUUGGAGACCUGCUACACCUCAACCAUCCUGCCCCAGAUGCUGGCCAAUCUUCUGACUGGGGACAAAACCAUCUCAUUCAGUGGCUGCAUCAUACAAAUGUAUUUCUUUGGUUCUCUGGUAUGUACAGAAUGCUAUCUCCUAGCAGUGAUGUCUUAUGAUCGGCCGGAUGCAAAUAGCCAGGCCCAAGCAGAAAAAUACCAUCAUACCAUCAGGACACUUCACCAGGAACAACUUCAUAGCUCUUACCUGGGCUACACCCGGCUGUGA